ACAACUCCAGCCAUAUAAACAAAACCCGUUACAUUUGUACUGUUGUUAUUUUUUGUUCGUUUCCUGGAUUCUCCAAGUCAGUUGGAGUUCUACCCAGCCAGGCGCGCAGGAGAGAGAUGGCACACAGCGAGAACCAACAGUCGUCCUUUUCUGAUAUAAUAGAAUUAAACGUCGGCGGACAAGUGUAUGUAACUCGACAUGCAACUUUAGUCUCCGUCCCAAACUCUCUCCUGUGGACUAUGUUCAGACAGAAGAGCCCUACAGAACUACCGAAAGAUCGCAAAGGACGAUACUUCUUUGACCGGGAUGGAUUUCUGUUCAGGUAUAUUCUGGAUUAUCUGCGGGAAAGGGACAUCGUCCUACCGGACUUCUUUAAAGAGAGAGGUCGGUUACAGAAGGAGGCAGAGUUCUUCCAGCUGCAUGAGCUCACACAGCGUCUCAGACGGACAGUGGGUAAAGACGUCUCUCUCGGGGACGAGCUGGGCGCCCAUGGGGACCCGGAAGAGGCUUCGCUUGCGUGCGCUCUGAGUAGUAGCAGCAUCACCGCGACGGCCGUGAGCAGCCCGACACCGAGCCUUCCCUCCCCGUUCCAGAAGCAUGGCUUUAUUACCAUUGGUUACCGGGGUUCCUACACCAUCGGGAGGGAUAUUCAAACGGACGCCAAGUUCAGACGAGUGGCCAGAAUAACGGUUUGCGGAAAGACGUCCCUGGCCAAAGAAGUUUUCGGAGAGACUCUGAACGAGAGCAGAGACCCGGACAAACCACCUGAGAGGUACACCUCCCGGUAUUAUCUGAAGUAUAAUUUUCUCGAGCAGGCGUUCGACAGGCUCGCGGAGGUCGGUUUCCACAUGGUGGCUUGCAGCUCCACGGGGACGUGCGCGUACGCGAGCAGCGACCCGAACGAGGACAAAAUCUGGACCAGCUACACCGAAUACGUGUUCUCCCGGGACUGACCAACCCGUUCCGUUACCCGGCCGUUAGGUAGCCUUACUACCCGACGGUACUGGGACAGUGACGUCAUGUGACGCUCACCUGUAAGGUAGAGAGACUACCUGCGGAAAUGUGAAAACUCCUAUCUUCUUUAUAUUGUCCCAUGUGAUUGUGGGAAAGGUUAAAGGUUACUGAGGAUUAUUCUGAAAGUAUGGACGUAUUGGUUGUUGUUUUGCCGAGGCCUAUAUAAGUCUAACGGAGGUAUAUUUCAUGUUGCAGACCAGUCUAUAUUAUACAGUUAUACGACUGUUGUGACAGGAGAAAGCUGUUCUCAAUGUUUUUCUACUAACAUGCCAACACACACACACUACAAACAUUUACACACACACCGCAAAAACAUUUACACACACACCGCAAAAACACUUACACACACACACCGCAAAAACAUUUACACACACACACCACACAAACAUUUACACACACACACACACCACACAAACAUUUACACACACACACCACACAAACAUUUACACACACGCACACACCACACAAACAUUUACACACACGCACACACCACACAAACAUUUACACACACACACACACGACACACAAACAUUUACACACACACACACCACACACAAACAUUUACACACACACACACCACACAAACAUUUACACACACACACCACACAAACAUUUACACACACACACACACACCACACAAACAUUUACACACACACCACACAAACAUUUACACACACACCACACAAACAUUUACACAGAACAAGCACAAGGUAAGGCGUGUGAGGGUUGACAUGCUGUUGAACCUAACUCUCUCUGGGCUGUUGAACCUAACUCCCUUUUGGCUUUGUCUUGGGUUGACAUGCUGUUGAACCUAACUCCCUCUUGGCUUUGUCUUGGGUUGACAGGCCUCUACUGGAUAAGUUGCGUUAUUUGUGUUUCAACAUCUAAAGCUGUAUUUUCAAUUUUAAAAUAAAUCAUAUCAAAGUAA